AUGCCAGUGAUUCCGCCUGAACGCUUAGCCCCUCUUCAAAGCAAUCAAAAUAACAUAAGAAACUUUACUUUGUUGGCUCAUGUGGAUCAUGGAAAGACUACAUUGGCUGACAGUCUUUUGGCUACAAAUGGAAUUAUUUCUAGUAAAUUAGCAGGAACGGUUCGUUAUCUUGACUUUCGUGAAGAUGAAAUAACUAGAGGAAUUACGAUGAAAUCUAGUGCGAUUUCAUUAUUUUUCAAGGUUAUUAGCCAAAAUAGAGAAAAAGCGACUGAAAAUGAUUACUUAAUUAAUCUUAUCGAUUCUCCUGGUCAUGUUGAUUUCAGUUCAGAAGUUUCAUCUGCGUCUCGUUUGUGCGAUGGUGCCUUCAUCCUAAUUGACGCUGUUGAAGGAGUAUGCAGUCAGACAAUAACGGUUCUUCGUCAAGCUUGGGUCGAUAGAAUAAAAAUGGUGCUGGUCAUUAACAAGAUGGACAGGCUUGUGACUGAACUAAAAUUAUCCCCCAUCGAAGCCCAUCACCAUUUGCUUCGCCUUGUUGAACAAGUCAAUGCGGUAAUAGGUACAUUUUAUAGAGGAGAGUUGAUGAAUUUAGAUGAAACAGAGGAGGAAGCUAGCGAUGAGGGCAUCUAUUUCUCUCCCGAGCAAGGCAAUGUAAUUUUUGCAAGUGCAUCCGAUGGUUGGGCUUUCUUUCUAGAUCAGUUUGCAGAUUUUUAUGAAAAAAAGCUCGGAAUGAAGUCUAGUGUUCUUACUAAAUGCUUAUGGGGAGAUUACUAUUUGGACCCAAAAACCAAGCGUAUCCUUCAAGCAAAGCAUCUUCAAGGUCGACGCUUAAAGCCAUUAUUCGUUCAGUUUGUUCUUGAUAAUAUUUGGGCAGUCUAUAAUUCAGCCAUCGUAGAGCGUGAUUUGGAUAAAAUUGAGAAAAUUGUCAAAACACUAAACAUAAAAGUCCUUCCUCGUGACAUGAGAUCGAAAGAUCCCAGAAAUCUGCUAUUAGCAGUAUUUCAACAAUGGCUACCUCUUUCGACUGCAAUUCUGCUGACAGCCAUUCGAAAAAUUCCUUGUCCCAUAGAUGCACAGAAAGAUCGUGCAUUGAAAGUUUUAAAGACCACCCCACACUUUGAAAAUGUGGACCCGAACAUAGCAACAGCUAUGUCUCACUGUAAAGCUAAUAAAGAAGAACCGAUGUUGGCUUACAUUAGUAAAAUGGUUGCUUACUCUGAAAGAGAUCUUCCACACCAAAAACGCCGACAGCUUACGGCUGAGCAAAUGCGUGAAUUGAGACAGGCUAAAUUGGCUGGUUCUGUAGAAAAUUCAGUGGGAUCCUUGUCAAUUAACGAAAAUGAACAAACAAAUGAAUCAAAAGAGAAUUUGGAAAACAGAGGUUAUGAAGAGGAAGAAGAAAAAGACGUCUUUGUUGGGUUUGCUCGUAUUUACAGUGGUACCAUCUCUGUUGGUCAACAAGUUUACGUUUACGGCCCGAAAUACGAUCCGGCAAACCCAGAUGAACAUGUUACCAAAGUUACGAUUGAAUCCCUAUACUUAAUGAUGGGUCAAGAACUUUUUCCAUUAGACACUGUACCUGCCGGUAAUGUAUUUGCUAUUGGCGGUUUGGCAGGAAUUGUCUUAAGAACUGCUACUUUGUGCUCUGUACCAGGAGGACCAAAUUUGGUUGGUGUGUCUCAGCAAAUGGAACCCAUCGUACGUGUUGCUGUUGAACCGGCACGCCCUUAUGAGAUGAAUAAGUUGGCUGCCGGAUUAGAAAUGUUAAACCAGUCCGAUCCAUGUGUCCAAAUCGCAGCGGAAGAAAAUGGCGAGCAUGUAAUUAUGUGCGCUGGUGAAAUUCAUCUGGAACGUUGUCUCAAAGACUUACGAGAAAGAUUUGCUAAAAUUGAAAUACAAGCUUCCCAACCAAUUGUUCCUUUCCGUGAAACGACAAUUGCAGGUCCCGAUAUAACUGCCAAGGACAAGGAGACUCCAGUCGGGUUUGUAAGUACAUCCGUCGCAUCUGGUGGUAUUCAGAUAAAGCUUUCUGUAACUCCAUUAUCUAGUGAUUUAGUGAACUUCUUAUUGAAUCAUGAAAAAACAAUCGAGUCAUUUAUGCAUAAUAUUUCGAAAAAAGGAAAAAAUGGCGAUAAUGACUGUUCCGACGUUCAAAAGCAGAAAGAAGAAAUUCUUAGUUCAGAAGACUUUGUUAUAAGUAUUCAUAAAUUGUUAUCUGAGGCGUCCCCAGAUAAUAACAUUGUUGAAUACCUUGACUCGAUAAUGUCUUUUGGUCCAAAGCGAGUAGGCCCCAAUAUCUUAAUCGAUAAGACCGGAUUGAUGAAAACGGUACGCCAGGAAAGUGAUGGAUCUAGGCUUAUUCCCUUUGAUCUUGGUGAGUAUAUUGCUACUGCCUUUCAGAUUUCUACGCAGCAAGGACCACUAUGUGCCGAACCUGUACAAGGCAUCUGUGUUUCCGUUGAAUCUAUUGAAAUAGAAAAUGCUGAAAAAGAUAAUGAAUUGCUUACUAUCGGUAACCCACAGAUCCCUGGGCAAGUUAUUUCCGCUGUACGUGAGGCAAUUAAACAAGGAUUCCUUGCCUGGUCGCCAAGGUUAUUACUUGCUAUGUAUUCGUGCGAUGUCCAGGCUACUGCUGAAGUUUUGGGCAGAGUAUAUGGCGUGGUUACCAAGAGGAGAGGUCGGAUUGUAGACGAAGAAAUGAAAGAAGGAACUCCAUUUUUUGUUGUAAAAGCUGUGAUUCCUGUUGUGGAAUCGUUUGGUUUUGCAGUUGAGAUUUUAAAGCGUACAUCUGGUGCUGCGUAUCCCCAACUCAUUUUCCACGGAUUCGAAAUGCUUGACGAGAAUCCAUUUUGGGUUCCCACAACAGAAGAAGAAUUAGAGGAUUUGGGUGAACUCGCUGAUCGUGAAAAUAUUGCAAAACGCUAUAUGUUGAAUGUUCGAAGAAGGAAGGGUUUACUUGUCGAACAAAAAGUAGUAGAAAAAGCUGAAAAGCAGAGAACUUUAAAACAUUAG